AAAAAGCAAGCAGCGAAUACUUACGCUGAGGUUCGCAUCGCGCUCUUUUUCCUGACGAUCAUCAGGAUCUGAUCAAGAAUCAUGGACGUAAAAGGCCACCUGACGAAAUGCGGUCUAGGUCUCACCAGCCAAACUGGGAAAUGGGCAACGUGGGGCGCCCCCACCUUGCCGUCUCGGAAGGUGGACGGCAGGCACAAAGGAAUCGCGGGGUAGUCGCACCGGGCACUCUAAUUGGCGCGCCGGUUCCGGCGUUAUGUGGGGUUGCUGCAGUGGGGUAGGAAGUCCGGUUCACUAACCAAUCGCAUGAGGCUGAAAUGCAAGCGACUCGAACUGGAAACCUCCAUGUGAUGCGACGUCGGCAGCAGAGCAAUUGCCGGCCUGCAUGCUGCCGUGCGAUGGAGACGACUUUAAGGCAUCGCACAUACAGCCCUUCUCACGCGGAGACCCGAGAGAUAACUGCUGCGGAUGAAACCACAAGCUUUUUCUCGGUUGAGGCGCUAUUAUUAACUGGGAUGAAGUUGACACCCCAUCUUGCUCGAUGUGCAAGGUGCUCUGAGACGGCGAGUCAGUUCUCUGACCGAGUGUGUGAGGGCUAUUUUCACUUCUCCACAACUACCUCCUAUGGUAAUGAGUCCGUCGGGUACGGUCUAUUAUGGCCAGCUAGUGCACUCGUCUUGUGCAAGGAACCCCUUUGCGGUGUGCACUCGGGUGGGUGGAAUCAUCUGUCAUCGAACGGCGUGGCUGGCCGAAGGUCAUGCUCCAAAUGAUCAUGGUCAUCCGGCGGAAUGUCACGCCCAAAGAGACAGAUCUGGCUCACCGCAACCUACUUAGUGCCGUGGUGCGGGAUGAACAGGGUGGAUUGAGAGG